AUGGAGUUAAAGCAAUCCUUGUCCACCCAUCUAGAAGCUGAGAAGCCUCUGAGGCGCUAUGGGGCUGUGGAGGAGACAGCGUGGAAAGCAGAGGGACUGGAGAGAAAUCAACUGGACAUCAUCUCCAUGGCUGAGACUACCAUGAUGCCAGAGGAGAUUGAACUUGAGAUGGCGAAAAUCCAGCGUCUCCGGGAAGUCUUGGUCCGACGGGAGUCGGAGCUCAGAUUCAUGAUGGAUGACAUCCAGCUCUGCAAGGACAUCAUGGACCUGAAGCAGGAGCUGCAGAACUUGGUGGCCAUCCCAGAAAAAGAAAAAACCAAGCUGCAGAAGCAGAGAGAGGACGAGCUAAUCCAGAAGAUCCACAGACUGGUGCAGAAGAGAGACUUCCUGGUGGACGAUGCGGAGGUCGAGCGCUUAAGGGAACAAGAGGAAGACAAAGAAAUGGCUGAUUUCCUGAGAAUCAAGUUAAAACCUCUAGACAAAGUAACCAAAUCGCCAGCCAGCUCCCGGGCAGAGAAGAAAGCAGAGCCUCCACCUAGCAAGCCCACGGUGGCCAAGACGGGGCUGGCACUCAUCAAGGAUUGUUGUGGGGCCACCCAGUGCAACAUCAUGUAGCCCCCAUGCGGGGUGCCCCCAGGGCCAUGGGGACCCCUUCCCACCCUCUUGUCUUCAUAGCCCCCAUUUCACCGGGGCCCAAGAGUUCUCCAAGGCAGAAGGGGUUGAAGGCA